AUGAAUCACGACCUAAUACAAUGGUCAGCGAAUCCAAAGGAUGAGCGUUACUUGUUCGCAACUUUACGUUCACGCCGUGGUUUAAAUGAUAAGUCAACAGUGUUGAACCUGUAUGAAAUUCGUUUCGAUCAUAGAAGAUUCGAAAAGUGCUACAAACAACAGAAACGAACAGGCAGAGCUGACAGACAAAAUAUCAUAACACCAGGCGUCGUCAAUGAUCUACUCGAUCCCUACACCUGUUCAUGUCUUCCAACAUCUUAUCAUUACACGAUUUGCAGUAAAAUCAAAUGGUCUACACUAUCGAUAACUAUUGCUUUGAUUAUCAUUAUUGUUUAUGCUAGCAGCGGGUUGUAUACUUUAAUCGACGUAACAACAUUGAUGUCAAUUGAUUUAACAGAUAAUAAAAACGAAACGAUAUUUUGGUCAAUAUUCUCAUCUCCUGAAACGAUUCGUCUUAGCUGGAUAUCCCUUUGUGUUUAUUUUUUGAUCGUUCUUCUGACUAUUCUUCUUCUUUGUGGAAUUCAAUUAAGUAAGCCAUGGCUUUUAUUUCUUUGGUCAAUAUUAAUGAUUGUCAUGCUACUUGCUGAUGGAAUUAUUACUGUUCUUUCUCUUAGACAACAUCAUCAACAAAUUUAUCGACCAUCAAAACAAGUGAAAAUUCUCUUUGUCGUUAUGGUGAUUCGUCUUACGGUUUCGUUAUGUGGUAUUUUCAUCGCUAUUUUUCACUUUCGACGAUUAAAUAAAGCCCACACUGAAUAUAUCGAUCGACAAAGAAUGUUAAUUCGUUACAAUGCCGAGUCGACAUUAUCAUCUUACGAUUGUUCAUGGGCACCUACUGAAAGUUUAUUGAAUCCACCAAAAGAUCCAAGCAUCGACUAUCGAAUCUCUGAUGUUCCAGCACCAUUGUCAUUACCAAGAGCAAAGCUGGCGACGAUACAACGUCGCCCAUUGUCGACUAUGUUUCGAUCUCGAAACGAACACCUACAAGACGAUUCAAACGAAGAUGUUAGGUAUAAUGUUCCACUGGAUGAACGGUUUUAUCCUCAACAAUUGUAA